UCUGACAGCGCCGAGGUGCGCCGCACAGGAGCCGGGAACAAAGAGCCAAGCGGGGAGGGCAGCGCGUCGGGGCGGGCGGGCGAGCCCCCGGCCGGCCGCCAAGCAGAUCCCGGCGGGAGGCAGCCCCAGUGUCAGCCGAGCCGGGUCCCAGGCCGAGCGCGUCGUUGAGCACUAACGGCCCGAGCACCUCCUCCAAGUUACGGGAGCGCGUGGGGGGGGGAGCAGGAGCACCGUCUGCCCGCCGCGCCGCCACUUUUGGCCUCGGAGACCUCGGCACUAACUGCCGCCGGACGUGGGGGGCUCGAGAAUGAAAGGCAAGAAAGGUAAGCGGGUCGCGCGCGGGGGGCGCCCGGCGCGGGGAAACGUGCUCGCGGGCCGGGGCUCAAGUGACUUGGCGGACUUUUCCGCCCCGGGGACUCCCGGGCAGCGCGGCCGUUGUCUUUGUUGGCAUGGCAGUUGACGUUUUCCUUCUAGACACAACACGAGGGGGGCUGUUGUCGGGAUACGGGCCUCUCUACGCUGCUGGCGCCUUGUCAAGAAACCCGCUCGGCCGCCUGGCGUGAAGUUUUAUUGUCUGCGCCCGCUGCCCGGCGAUCGGGCCCGCCGCCGCCCGGCUUCUCGCUCUUUCCCUCAGGCUGGGGUCGGAGGGACGUCCCCCGCGGCGCCGUCGGACCCCGGCCGCCUGGCGUUGCCGAGGCCCCCGAGCCUUUGUCUGAAAGUUCGGCCCACGUCUCCUUGCUUUAGGAAUGUGGCGUGUUCACAUUUGAGGGAAUGGAAUCCUGGACCCUGAAGCGCCCUCGGGUGUCAAGAGGUGUUGUUGUAGCGUCCGGCAGUGAGACUGAGGAUGACGACAGCAUGGACAUCCCCCUGGACCUCUCCUCUUCAGCUGGCUCAGGCAAGAGAAGGAGAAGGGGCAACUUGCCCAAGGAAUCUGUUCAGAUUCUCCGGGACUGGCUGUAUGAACACCGAUACAAUGCUUAUCCCUCAGAGCAAGAGAAAGCAUUACUCUCCCAACAAACACACCUAUCCACACUACAGGUCUGUAACUGGUUCAUCAAUGCCCGCCGCAGGCUCCUCCCUGAUAUGCUGAGAAAGGAUGGCAAAGAUCCAAAUCAGUUCACAAUUUCCCGCCGUGGGGCCAAGAUUUCUGAAGCUAGCUCUGUGGAGCCAGCCAUGGGCAUCAAAAACUUCAUGCCGGCUCUAGAGGAGAGCCCAUUUCAUUCCUGUUCAGUUGGACCAAACCCAACCCUAGGGAGACCGCUGUCUCCCAAGCCAUCAUCCCCGGGAUCCAUUUUGGCUCGUCCAUCAGUGAUCUGCCAUACCACUGUGACUACAUUGAAAGAUGUGCCUUUCCCACUCUGCCAGUCAGUUGGUGUGGGUCAAAACACAGAUCUACAGCAGAUAGCAGCCAGCAACUUUACAGACACCUCUCUCAUGUACCCGGAGGACACAUGUAAAUCUGGAUCAAGUACAAAUACACAGAGUGGUCUUUUCAACACUCCUCCCCCUACCCCACCGGACCUCAACCAGGAUUUUAGUGGAUUUCAGCUUCUAGUGGAUGUUGCACUCAAAAGGGCUGCAGAGAUGGAGCUUCAGGCAAAACUUACGGCUUAACCGUUUCUAAAGCAAAACAGUUCUCAAAAAUGUUGUCAUGAUUGCCGGGGUGAUGGCAAGAGUUGAAUUGCAUUAUUUUAUAUAUUUUUUUAUUAAUAUUUGCACAUGGGAUUGCUAAAAUGAAGAUUCCUGUUACUGAGAUGUCUUCAAUGGAAUACAGUCAUUCCAAGAACUAAAAACUCAAAGCUACUGUAGAAACAAAGGGUUUUCUUUUUUUAAAUGUUUCUUGGUAGAUUAUUCAUAAUGUGAGAUGGUUCCCAAGAUUAUGUGAUCUUUUUUUUUUUUCCUCCCCUACCCUUUUUUUGUUGGUGUUUUUUCAGACUGUGCAAUACUUAGAAAACCUAUAGCAUCUUCUCAUUCCCAUGUGGAACAGGAUGCCCACAUACUGUCUAAUUAAUAAAUGUUCAAUUUUUUCAAACAAGUAUGAAUCUAGUUGAUUGAUGCCUUUUUCAUAACAUAAUAAAGUAUUUUCUUUACAGAU